AUUCUCGUGAACGGUCAAUCUGUUUUGUCUCAUUGUGCUCGUUGGAGAAACUACCACAAUGGAAAAACAGGAUCCGCCUCCCCCAGGGGGCACCGUGGACCUCGACAUGGUCAAGGCCCGACCUCACCUGGAUCCUCGUGAUGUGGACCUUGGUCAAGUGCUGGAAAUGCACACGACUCCGGAGAUGGAAAGGAAAGUCCUGUGGAAACUGGAUCUCUAUCUCAUUCCCCUGAUGGGAGUUUGUUACAUGCUUCAAUAUAUGGAUAAGUUGGCCCUGAGCCAGGCUACCUUGUUCAAUCUGACAGAAGACCUCCACCUCAAAGGCAAAGAAUACAACUGGGCGUCUGCAGUCUUUUACUUUGGAUAUUUCGCCUGGAGUUGGCCCAGCUCCUACCUGGUCGUUCGUCUCCCCCUCGGAAAAUACUUGGCUGCGGCGGUGUUUCUGUGGGGUGGCAUUCUCAUGUGCCAUGCCGCAUGCAAGUCUUUCAGUGGCCUGAUGGCAGCACGAUUCUUCCUGGGCGUGGGAGAGGCCUCGGUGGCCCCCGGCUUUGCCCUGAUCACUGGCAUGUUCUAUAAACGAGAGGAGCAGCCCGCCCGACAGGCUGCGUGGUUUAUCGGAAACUCUAUCGCAACCGUGAUUGGUGGCCUGGUCGCAUACGGAAUUGGGUUGAUCCAUAAUCACUCGGUGAACAGCUGGCAGCUCCUUUUCCUGGUGCUGGGCGCUAUUACCUCUGGAUAUGGAUUGAUUCUCUUCGUCUUCCUCCCCGACUCACCCGCCAAGGCGAUGUUCCUCAAAAAAACCGAGCAGUCCGUUGCGGUGCAGCGCACCCUGCAGAACAAGACUGGUGUGAUGGAUACCGGUAAAUUCCGAUGGGGUCAGGUCCUCAUGGCCAUCAAGGAUCCUCAGACUUGGUUCCUUGUUCUGUACACGUUAUGUGUCAACUUCUGCAACGGUGGCAUCACCAGUUUCUCCUCGAUCAUCAUCGCCGGGUUUGGGUUCUCGAACCUCAAGGCCCUCUUGAUCCAAAUGCCCAUCGGUGCUGCCCAACUCGUUUUCCUGCUUCUCACAUCUGGCUUUGCAACAUAUGUCAAACAAAGCCGAAUUUUCAUGAUGAUGCUGAAUGCGGUCGUUUCCAUGAUCGGCAUGAUUCUGAUCUGGAAACUCGAUAGCAAUGACCGUGCCGGCAGGAUGACCGGCCUUUGCUUGGGCGCAGUUUUUGCUGCUAACAUUCCUCUGUCACUGAGUCUGAUCAGUUCAAACGUGGCCGGCUUUACCAAAAAGAGUACUGUUAGUGCCUUGAUGUUCGUCGCCUACUGUGUGGGUAACAUCGUGGGCCCUCAGUUUUUUAUUCCUUCGGAGAAACCCGGAUACCCUACUGGUAUCAAGGCCGCCAUGUCUGGUUUGGUCCUGGGAAUCUUCUUUUUGAUCUGUCUCUACGUAUAUUACGCGUGGGAGAACCGUCGCCGAGACCAGUUGUACGGGUCCCCAAGGCAGUUGACCGAGGCAGAGGAACUGCAAGACGAGCUGUCCAACAAGACGGACGGUGAGAUUGAAAGCUUCAGAUAUCUCCUGUAAAGGAAUCCUGUAAUUAAAUAGUAUCUAUGAAUAUUGACCCUCAUGCC